UUUUCACCUAUGCAACCAUCAUCUCCCACCCAAAGGAGAAAAUGACGACAAAGACAAACGUCACCGUUUUAGGUUGUUCCAAAUAUAGCAAAACAAUAAUUUCAAAAUAAAUAAAUGAAUUUGAGAAUGUAGAAAAAUUUAAAGAAAAGCUAAAAUUCUUUGACAGAAAUUCAAAUUAAACUCAGUCAUUUUUGGUAUUUGUAUAUCCCAUCAAAAUAAUUAAAAAAAAAAAAAUUUAUUUAUAUCUCACCAUCCGUUGCCUGCGCUCAAAAACACAUUUCGAAAUUCAAAUUUUUUCUCUCCUUCUCAUAUAGUUUCGCUCCACUCUCGCUCUCGGCUACAUAAAGCGAGUAAAAAGAAAAUAACCAUACAGAGGUAAUGUCUUCUUUUGAAGUGUGAUGGGGCAGAGUGAGAAUGGAUAUCUCCCGCCAAAAUCAGUUGGAUUUGCAGAGCAGGCAGUUAUGGAGGCCUAGAUUUCCCGCCAAAAAGCUCAAAUCGAGCGGCUAGGUUUUGCAGUUUCCGGCGCCUUAUCUUCGUCUAUUAGUUCGUCGGUACCAGAUCGCUUGCAGUCGCUGACAAUGCGAGACUCGGAUCGUCAUUCGCCGACUCAAAUUCCAUUGUCCAAAUCAAACGAAGAGCUUCCAAAAUCACAGGCACAGGUAUAUGUCAAAGGAGAUAAUGGUGCUGUAAAGCGUCAUAGACAGUGCCACUGCAAGCAAACCAAGUGCUUGAAGUUGUAUUGUGUAUGCUUUGCCUCCGGAUAUUACUGCAAUGGGUGCAACUGUGUUGAUUGUCACAACAAUGUUGAAAAUGAGGAUGCAAGGCAGGAAGCUGUUGAAAUUAUUCUUGAGCGCAACCCAAAUGCCUACAGGUCAAAAAUUACUCACUGCCCGCAUAGAAUUCGGGAUAUUGGGGUUGAAGUCAGUGACAUUCUCUUUGUGGUAAAACAUAAAAGGGGAUGCCAGUGUAAGAAAACAGGGUGCGUUAAAAGAUAUUGUGAAUGCUUCCAAGCUCAUAUCCGCUGUUCUGAAAAUUGCAAAUGUUUGGACUGCAAAAAUAAAGAAGGAUGUGAGAAUAUGUUGGAGGACCAUUGUGAUACCAAAACUUGCAUCGAGAAAGUAUAUGCUGCCUCAUCUACUGCUAUUGGAUUGACGGACCAUAGCUUUUCUAUAGCAUCCAGCAAAACAAAAAGUCAGGAAUCCAUUGAUGCAAAUGAGAACGAUACACAGAUGCAGGUGAAUCCUCUGAUAACUUCUGGUCCACGGACUUGCUCUAUCAUUUCUCAGGAUCAUGUUCAUGGUUCCACAAUAUUGAACUCUUUGUUUACGUUCAGAUCAUCGUUAGCAGAAAUCAUUCAUCCACAUUCCAUAAAGAAGUUUUGCUCAGUUUUGGUGGCAGAGCUAGAUGCUGCUAAAAUACAUCCAGGCAUUGAUCUAUAUGAUCAGGAACUGGCACCUAAUGACCAUUCAAAUAAGAAUGAAGUCAACACAAUUGAUAAAGGGUUCUCCAAACUUGCUAGCACCAGUGAACAGGAAGGAAUGCUGCUAUCUCCAGGGGCAGAAGCAUUAUUGUUUGACAAGAAAGGUUCAGCGCUGCCAGGACAUGCUUCCCCAGACACAAACAUGAAGCACGACGAUAAUGGAUAUGUCUAUGUUGUUCAGGAGAGGCUCAUUUUGACAAAUUUUCGGAAUUUUCUUACCAAGCUCAUCACUUAUGAAGACAUGAAGGACGGAUUACGUGCGUCAUCUGACGUUUAGUGAUUGCUUCUACAAACAAACAGGCAUCCUUCCCUCACCAAAUUGAAGAAUAAAAAGUAUGAACAAGCUGUAAAAUAAACUUUUACUUCUCCUUAAGUUUGAAAUUACAUUGUCCCAGUGAUGCUAGAAGAUCUCCAAAUUUAAUGACAAUCACUGCUAGCUCUAGAACAUACUUGCACCUUAGAAUUGUCUAUUGUAAAAACCUCAAGAUCAUAGGACCAACAUAUGAAGGGAAUUCUUAAUGUAACAACUUUCCAUCA